UGUUUCACUCUCAGCCUUCGGCUUUAUUUGACAUGCCGUAAUUUUGAUUUUGAGCACCGCAAAAAUAGUCGUGCAGUCGAAUUUCUACUUAUUAAGACAGUUGUUUUUUUUUAGGAAAUUCGGUGAAGCUUAGUGAUAAAAAUAGUUUUAGUUCGUUAUUGGCAGUGGAAAAUGGAACCGAAAGGAAUCGGUCGUGUAACCCUCUUUGCCGUGAUUGUUUACCUGGGUGUGAUCGAUGGACAGCUGCUGCCGAACAUGAGGGCAGCCGCACAAGUGUCCGCAUCGACCGAUUCCCGGAAUUUGCCGUUAGAAAUCGAAGUGCUCCUCUUGCGUUUCGACAAUCCCCAUGGUAUCGUAUACAGCGGGAAGAAGUGCGAUUUCUUCUGGUGGGGAUGCGACAUUAAGGCGUUGGGAUAUAUUGAUGUGGAGAAACCUUAUGACGACUGGCCUGGAUCUCGUGAGCUUUUGCCAUCGGAUUAUUUUUGGUAUCGAGGCGAGGAAAGUUCACCCAAGUUCAAUCACAUUUUCCGCAAGACAAUCUGCGAUACAAAUUCCUUUAAGGCCGGAAAUCUCAGAGUGAAUCUCAUGGAUGUAGAUGGUGGACUGCGUGGAGCGGAUGAUUUCAUCAACAACUUCAAUUGCAUUUUUACGAAAGUUCCCAAUAUCGCGGAUAGUGCGAUUUCCGCUGGGUGGUCAAAAGAGAUACCCUGCGAUGCCAUGUAUUCCAAUCCAUUAAUGGGGAUGGUCUUCAAAUACAGAAUGUACCGUAAAUCGUCCAGGGAUGGAUGUCCGGCCUGAGCGAUUUUUUCGCUUGUGAUAUCGGCGGAAAGAUCUUAAUUUCCUAAUCAUUUGCCAAAAAUUUGAUCUGACAAUUGCUGUCGGUUUUUGUAGUAUGAAAUGUACAUUUGGAAAGUUUUCUUGAGGAUAAUUGGAAGACGGUGAUAAUUGUCUGAUGUUUCAUAGUCAUAGAUGUGGUUAUCCUUCUCCUGUCAGUGGCUUUCACCGAUGUCACGUCCGAGAUUCCGAAUCAUAUGUUAUUUAAUGCACUUUGUAACAGCCCUUGUGUAAUGUAAAUUAAUUUGUUGUUAUCUUGUUCAAAAUACAAGAUAAUAUCAAAACCGAGUGUU